AUGAAUAUCUUUCAAUUAGUGGGCGAUAUGCUUCAUUUGGCAUCUAUCCUGAUUCUAUUGCUGAAAAUUCACACGAGCAGGUCUGCGGCUGGCAUUUCAUUCAAGUCUCAGCUUCUCUAUGCAAUAGUGUUUUGUACACGCUAUCAAGAUCUGUUCUUUAGGUUUCAUUCCAUCUACAAUACUACCAUGAAGGUCUUUUUUAUUGUCUCGGCAUUUUUGGUGCUUUAUUUGAUGAAGAUCCGAUUCAAGGCAUCGUGGGAUCCACUGCUGGACACUUUUAAACUCGAAUAUCCAAUCGGGGCUUGUGCGGUGCUUGCGUUGCUAGUUCAUUACAAUGGCUGGGACUACUUUGAGAUCGUGUGGGCGUUUUCAAUUUAUCUUGAAUCGGUUGCAAUUCUCCCGCAGCUGUUCCAGCUUUCACGUACUGGUGAAGCAGAGACGAUCACAUCUCAUUACUUGUUUGCACUUGGUGGAUACCGAUUCUUUUACAUUCUUAACUGGAUCUACAAGUACAACACAAACCCAAAAUUCCAUGACUGGCUUCCUAUUCUUCCAGGCAUUAUUCAAACCGCACUGUAUCUCGACUUUUUCUACGUGUAUUUCACAAAAGUGCUCAAGGGCCAGAAAUUCACACUGCCUGCCUGA